AUGCCCUUCGACAUUCCGCUUCGCGCCUCCUCACUUCACGCACCGCGCAGCUCUGUUUCCCUAUCUACACGGAGAUGGGCAAGCACAAGGGAACAGGAAAGCAAGACAGCGCCUACUAUCGCUGAAAGUGCCAAUUUGACGGAAGCUACUGAGGAGGCCCUACCUGCCGCUGAAACGAACGAACAAUUUGUCGCGCAAGAGCCUGCAUUUGCUCCCGAAAGCGCCAGCGUGGCCGAGGCAGCGGAACAAACCAUUGCACCUCACCGGCCCUUCCGAGAGCGACGGGGCCAGAGCGACGGAUAUCGGCAGGCUGAGAAGAAGAACACCGUAUAUAUUGGUAACCUCUUCUUCGAUAUUACUGAGUCAGAACUCGUAAAAGAGUUCACCCAAUUCGGCACAAUUAGUCGAUGCAAGAUCAUUCGCGAUAACCGGGGAAUGAGUAAAGGAUUUGCAUACCUCGAGUUCGCGGAGCUUGAGUCCGCCGAAUCCGCAAUCAAAACCAUGAACAUGCAGUUGUACGAAGGCCGUCGCAUGACCGUCCAGUAUGCUGCUCGCGAUUCCAGCAGCUUUGAACCGAAACAUUCCGCGGAACAUACCAUGAAUCCACCCUCCAAGACCUUAUUCGUCGGCAACAUGUCAUUUGAGAUGACCGACCGUGACCUCGGAAACCUCUUCCGCGGAAUUCGAAAUGUCAUCGACGUCCGGGUGGCCAUUGACCGAAGAACUGGCCAACCACGAGGAUUCGCCCAUGCCGAUUUCAUCGAUGUUAAAAGUGCUAUGGAGGCUCUAAAGGUCCUGAAAGACAAGGAGACCUAUGGCCGGAAGUUGAGGGUCGACUAUUCUUACAAUGCAAGCACGUCACCAAGGAAUCAAGAAGGAUCGCCACGUUCUCACCCAACUGAAACACGCGCCACGCCAUCUGAUGAAACAUCAUGA